AUGCCUUCAACAUCAAACCAAGCAACAAAUCUACCACUUCUCUCCAUUUGUCAGACCAAACUCAGCCGCCCAUCAAGACUUCCCUGUCCCCAACAACCAUCAUGGACACUGAAUAAAAGCCUGCGGUCUCUCACCUCAACAGCACAACAAAAAUUACACUUGUUGAUCUGGUAUCGACAAGAAGAACAACUCUACUUGAUUCUUGUGGAACCACGAUAUAAGAGUGUGCAUGGCAUCUCCAACACAAGAGCAAUAAGUCUAUAUAUACUUCCACCUUCUUAUUCCUCAAAACAUAGUUUAAAGCCUAUAUGGACUAGCUUAAGCUGGCCACUUAUUGUCGAGACACUUUAA